AUGACUGAGUUUUCAACGUUAGAACGGGCUGCAACUGCCGUUUCACCAAGACGUGUGCCCGUUCGACCUUCACAGAGGAGAUGGCAGACGGAGCUGGGGAGGACCAGCAGCGAGGCGGACCAGGCAGCUCGACCACUAUCGCCGCCCAAACGCUCCGGAAAUUCAUAUUUGAGCACUGCUAUAUGGCAGCGAUGCGAUGAUGAGUAUGCGUCGAGCUCCUCUUCAGACGAAGAUGAGGACGUAAUACCGGCACCGGGCAACUUAAGACGCACCCAAACCCAGAUUGACAACGAGCUCAAGUCCCAGUUGCUCAAGUACCGUUCACAUAGCAAUGUGGAAGAAAAAAGAAAAUAUGCCCUCCUUGAUGAUGAUGCAGACACAGAGAACCGCUAUCGUCGAUUUCUUGUUGGUAACAAAAAUUAUCAAAGCAAGGGCAAAGUGAAGAAGGACGGGCGACUGCGGAUCAGUGUCAAUGAGACGGCAGGCACAGGUUAUAUCGCCAAGGCCCUCGGGUCCAUCGUCAACAAAGCGCCGCCUAUCGGAACGACGGAAAAGGAACGGCCUAGUAGUCACAGGCUCUCCUCCGACUCAACCUUUGCCUCUGCAGACCUCUCUCCAAGGCCAAGGUUGAACAUAGUCAUUAUGGUGAUCGGAUCACGAGGAGAUGUGCAGCCAUUUUUGAAAAUAGGGCGGAUUUUGAAAGAGGACUAUGGCCACAGGGUCCGCAUUGCAACCCAUCCCACUUUUCGAGAAUAUGUCCAAAGGGAUUCGGGACUCGAGUUCUUCUCUGUUGGUGGAGAUCCAUCCGAACUCAUGGCUUUCAUGGUCAAGAAUCCUGGUCUGAUCCCGACUCUUGAAACCGUCCGAGCUGGAGAUAUCGGAAAGAGAAGGGCUGCCAUGGCAGAGAUGUUUGACGGAUUCUGGAGAGCCUGUAUAAACGCGACCGACGAUGAAAAAGAUUACCAAAAUCUCAAGAUGAUGGGUGCGAAGGAUCCGUUUGUUGCUGACGCCAUCAUUGCCAACCCGCCGAGCUUUGCUCACAUCCAUUGUGCUGAAGCUUUGGGAAUUCCUGUCCAUUUAAUGUUUACCUUUCCUUACUCUCCUACUCAGGCAUUCCCCCACCCGCUCGUUAGCAUCAAACGAUCUAACAUUGACCCGGGCUAUACCAACUUCAUCUCUUAUCCACUGGUAGAGAUGAUGGUUUGGCAAGGCCUUGGGGAUCUGGUGAACGACUUUCGUGUCAAAACACUAGCUUUGGACCCUGUAUCAACUCUGUGGGCACCUGGAGAGACGUACAGACUGCAUGUACCAUUUACCUACCUCUGGUCUCCAGGACUCAUCCCCAAACCAGCGGACUGGGGGGAUCAUAUCAACAUUUCGGGGUUUGUAUAUUUGGACCUGGCUUCAUCAUUCACUCCGCCACCGGACCUCGAAGAGUUCUUGAACUCAGGGGAAACACCAAUCUAUAUUGGGUUCGGUUCGAUCGUGGUGGAUGAUGCUGAACGGUUCACUGAACUUAUUUUCGAGGCUGUCGAGAAAGCCGGGGUGCGGGCACUUGUCUCGCGAGGAUGGGGAGGCUUAGGAAGCGCUCGAGUUCCUAAGAAUAUAUUCAUGUUGGACAACACACCUCACGACUGGUUGUUUCCAAAGGUGAAGGCGUGCGUUAUUCACGGAGGGGCAGGAACAACUGCGAUAGCUCUCAAAUGCGGCCUUCCAACCAUGGUUGUACCAUUCUUUGGAGAUCAAAUCUUCUGGGGAUCGAUGGUGGCCAGGUCUGGAGUAGGUCCGCAGCCUAUUCCCUAUAGGCACCUCACUGCAGAGAACUUGUCUCAGGGCAUAAGAUAUUUGCAGACCGAUGAAGCGAGAGAAGCAGCCCGUGAAAUUGCCAACGGCAUUGAGAGAGAAGGUGACGGGGCAAAGAAUGCAGUACGGGCAUUCCACAAUCGCCUGAAUUUGCAAGGGCGAAAUACGAUGCGAUGCUCGGUACUCAAGGACCGGAUUGCCGUCUGGCAGCUGAAGAAUACGCCAAUCAAAUUAUCACCCCUGGCUGCAGAUAUCCUGGUUGAUGCAGGGCACCUUAGCUGGAAGAAGUUACGGCUUGUACGGCACGUUGAAUGGAAUGAUUUUGAAGGCCCCGGAGAGCCUGUCACCGGUGUCGCUGGCUCAUUGGUUGGUUCAGCUCGGAAUGCGUUCAGAGGUGUAGCAGGUGUCCCUUUCCACCUUGCACGGAGAACAAAGAGGAGAAAAAAGAUGAGAGAAGAGAGAAGAGCAAAUUCCAAGUCUAAGGGCGACCUUCCAGAUUCAAGCCGGACAGAGGAUCUUGCCAUCGGAAAUGUGGAAAACUCGCCGCGAGGUGUUGCGAGUGUAGACCUUCUUCGAGCGGAAGAGUUGGCUCAGACGCCUGCUACCGAGCUUCAUGCUGCCUAUUUUGGAGAUGUCAGAGAAGGAGUCGGCAUCACGGCUUCAGCUAUCGCGAGGGCACCAGUGGAUCUCUCGGUUGCAUUGGCACAAGGCUUUCAUAAUGCUCCCCGACUCUAUGGGGACGACACCGUCCGCAAACCGGUUCGUAUCACGGGAAUUCGGUCGGGUCUACGUGCUGCAAAGAAAGAAUUUCUGUACGGGAUAUAUGAUGGCUUUACCGGCGUGGUUCUUCUCCCCAUCCGUGGGGCCAAGAAAAACGGCGUGAUUGGGUUCGUCAAAGGCACCAGUAUGGGCCUUACUGGGUUCGUCCUGAAGAACUUGGCAGCCAUCGUGGGACCUUUUAGUUACACUCUGAAAGGCCUCGUAAAGCAGGCGGAGAGGAAGAAACGUCCCACUCAUUUCAUCCGACGUGCACGCAUCACACAGGGUCAGAGGGAAUUCUACUCGUUGGCCCCCGAUAAGAGACAGAAACUUGAGCAAGAAGUUAUAGAAGGGUGCCAUGUGAUGCGGGAGCUGUCUGAUGCGAUAAGUCGGCAUGCACAAAGACGAGGCUUGGCAGGUCAAAUUGACAAAGUGUUCCUCGAUACAAGCACCCUUUUUGAGGACGUCGAGACUGCGAAAGGCGCAUUGCGGGCGCUGAAGAAGGGUGAGCGUCUGGAAAACAUACUUGGUCCUGAUGGCAUGAAGACAACAUGGUGUCGGCGAGAUGUUGAAGAGAAGAAGGACAAGAGCUCAAGCGAUCACCCACGCAGGGUAUACUGA